AAAGGCGGCGAUUCGCGACUCCGGCGUACGGCAGUGGCCGCCGCUCGCCGACAUGACGGCUGCCUCGCGCGCCCCGCUACUCGUUUUAGCGUUGCUUACCGCACUAUAUACAGGAUGGUGUUCAGAAGACGAGGAGAGGUUAGUCCGGGAUCUAUUCCGUGGCUACAACAAACUGAUCCGACCAGUCCAGAACAUGACACAAAAAGUGGACGUUCGGUUUGGCCUUGCCUUUGUUCAACUCAUCAAUGUUAACGAGAAAAACCAGAUCAUGAAAUCGAAUGUAUGGCUUCGACUUGUGUGGAUGGACUACCAAUUAAUGUGGGAUGAGGCUGACUACGGUGGUAUCGGAGUACUGCGACUGCCACCUGACAAAGUUUGGAAACCGGAUAUUGUGCUGUUUAACAAUGCCGACGGUAACUACGAAGUGCGCUACAAAUCUAACGUCUUGAUUUAUCCUAAUGGCGAGGUUCUAUGGGUGCCUCCUGCCAUCUAUCAGAGUUCAUGUACUAUUGACGUUACAUAUUUCCCGUUCGAUCAACAAACUUGUAUUAUGAAAUUUGGUUCAUGGACGUUCAAUGGCGAUCAAGUAUCUUUAGCACUGUAUAAUAAUAAAAACUUCGUCGAUUUGUCUGAUUACUGGAAAUCAGGGACAUGGGACAUAAUAGAAGUGCCCGCCUACUUAAAUAUUUACGAAGGCAACCAUCCUACAGAGACCGACAUUACCUUUUACAUAAUAAUAAGAAGGAAGACGCUUUUUUACACUGUCAACUUGAUAUUGCCAACGGUAUUAAUUUCAUUCCUUUGUGUGCUGGUAUUUUAUUUGCCCGCUGAAGCUGGUGAGAAGGUUACAUUGGGUAUAAGCAUUCUGCUGUCGCUUGUGGUGUUCCUACUUCUGGUGUCAAAAAUUCUACCACCAACGUCUUUAGUGUUGCCGCUUAUUGCGAAGUACCUACUGUUCACAUUCAUCAUGAAUACUGUCAGUAUUUUAGUCACAGUAAUUAUUAUUAAUUGGAAUUUCCGAGGGCCGAGGACGCACAGAAUGCCACUUUGGAUUCGGAGCGUUUUUCUUAACUAUUUACCAACGUUGUUAAUAAUGCGUCGUCCUCGUAAGACUCGUCUUCGGUGGAUGAUGGAAAUGCCAGGAAUGGGUGCCCCGCCCCAUGCUGCUGCACCCCAUGACUUGCCUAAACACAUUAGUGCUAUCGGGUCUAAACAAAGCAAAAUGGAAGCUAUGGAACUUUCCGAUUUGCAUCAUCCCAAUUGCAAGAUCAGUCGAGCAGCUGGUGGAGGAGAAGUCGGUGCUUUGGGAGGCUUAGGAGCACUUGGUGGUCUUGGACUAGGAGAAAGAAGAGAAUCCGAAAGCUCUGAUUCGCUACUAUUGUCCCCCGAAGCCGCAAAAGCCACUGAAGCAGUGGAAUUCAUUGCAGAACAUCUACGCAAUGAAGAUCUUUAUAUUCAGACCCGCGAAGACUGGAAGUAUGUCGCAAUGGUUAUUGAUAGGCUUCAACUCUACAUAUUUUUCUUAGUUACCACAGCUGGUACUGUCGGUAUUCUAAUGGAUGCGCCACAUAUCUUCGAGUACGUUGAUCAAGACCGCAUUAUUGAAAUUUACAGAGGAAAGUAAAUCAUAUGCUUCCAAAAUCACAUGAAUUAAUCCUUUAAAAUUGUUAUUUUUGAUAAUUUAAGCAAAUUUUAAGAGCUUUAAUUUUCGUAUCGCUAUAACCUAAAAUAAUAAAACAAAGGUAUUAUGUAGCCAAAGAUGUAAUGUAUAGGUAAUGUAGGCACCUUCUAAAUAACUUUGAAUAAGAGCUAUACAGUGUCUUUAACAUAAUAUUUGUUCUUUAUUAUGAUUAUCUUUUAGUAGCAAUUUCAUAUGGGUUUAAGAAAUAGUGAAGAAAAACUCGGAACAUUGAUCCAGAGAGAUUACUUCUCACUAAAUUAUAAAACUCUAUAUAAGAUAUAUUAAUCAGUUAAUUGUUAUAGUAUGUUAUAUUCAGUAAUAUAUAUUUAUUAGCAAGUAGGGUAUAUCUAAUUACCACAUCCUAGUUAUUUACAUAGGUAUAAAUCGCUACUAAUUGUACCUAUAAGUAUAGGUUUAGUACCUAUCAAAGUUUAUUGUAUAAUAUAUAAUAACGUACACACGUAGAUUAAAACGUAACAGAUAGAAUUAUAAAAGGCUGUGUUCGUUUUAUUAAAAAUCAAAAUAUGAAAUAAAUUGACAACUUUGUGUAAAUUUUUAUAUCGUCUAGAAUAUGAUUAAGAAAUACUAGUAUUAUAAUUCAUACUGAUUCUGUGGUAGCGAUCUUUUCGUACAUAACAGUCUGUCAAAACCCGAAAUUCUAUUAUCAUUUGAAAUACACGAAAAAAAUUUUUGAAAUUGGGGCGCUGAUUGAAACACGGUUGAUUUAAAGUCUGUUGUAAAUAGUUUUUUUUAAUCAUCGUGUUGAAAAUCGCUACUACUAAUGUUUAAAUAGAUAACUACUAAAUAAUUACGCAAAAAAGUAAGAUCAGAAAGUCAUUUGCAAAAUUUACAUAAUAUUCAGUAUUCAAUAAUUAAAUCGAAGUAAGAAUAUUUCAUUAAUAGUGUGCUUUUUUACGUAGACAUGUUACUUUAAAAACUUGUUGUAUAGUGCCUAAGUUCAUUUAAUUGUCUUCCUUGUAGAAAUUCUAAUGUAUUUAGCUGAUUUUCGGUAACUUUGUCCUAGUUUAUAACUAUAUCUUUAGGAAUUUGGCUGUACUUGCCUGUUACCCUACAUAAUAUGAAUUUAGAAAUAUUACUACUUUAUGAACAAUUAUGUAUUACGUAUAAGAUUCUAAAACUAGAGUUUGCCUGUGUCCAAUGUUUUUUAUGGAAUACCAUCACGUGCCCCAAAGUCUAUAAUCCAAACUAGUCCAAAAUAUACAAGUGCAUACAUUAUGUAGGUUUUUGACUAGCCAAUUAGGCAAUUAAAAUAAACUAUUA